AGACAAACGUCAGCUUUCCAGGGUCUCUUCUCUGGGUUUGAGCAGUUUCUGAUUAGCAGACUUCUAUUCAUUUGAAGUGGACAUUUAUCUGAAGAGGCGCUUAGACUUUCAGUGCGUUUCUCAGGACUAAAAUAGCAAAAACAUGCCUGGACAAGCAGCAAGUGCUACAAAUGUGGGGGCUUCUAGUCGUUCCCCAAGUAAGACUGUGGCUCCUCGGGCUGCAGGCUCCACUGUCAGACAAAGAAAAGCCACCAGCAGCAGCACACGUAGCGGCGGACGGACCACAGGAUCAGCAGGCACUGGUGGCAUGUGGCGCUUCUACACUGAAGACUCACCGGGGCUCAAAGUUGGACCGGUGCCAGUGCUGGUGAUGAGCCUCUUGUUUAUUGCUUCAGUCUUCAUGCUUCACAUCUGGGGGAAGUACACUCGCUCCUAAACCAUCCCGAUGCCCCCCACCACCACCGCCGACUCUGCAGCUCGGCUUCUUAGCUCUGUGGAUCUGGACCAAACCAACGAUCAACAGGUUUCCUGUGCAGUUAUCAAAUCGACACAGGAAUUGGAUUUUUGUGACCAUUUUCUCAUAAAAUCUUAUUAUCAAGCAGUGAUUCUCCUCCCCUUUAUUUGUGGUUUACACGUGUUCAGUGAAGAGGAGGAAGCUUCAUCACUUUAAAAGUGAGAUGUUGGUGUUGCCCUCCCUCAAAGCGACGCGUUUCCUAGUCGGCUUGAUGAAGACAGAACAGCGCUCAAUGACUUUUUCUUUCCCCAGAAAACAUUUCUACUCAGGCCGGAAUUUCAUUUUUGUUAACAUUUGUACAAAUUGUUACUGUAAAAUUGUACAAUAAAAACUGAAAAAACCCAGUGGGAUUUGAAAGUUAA